AGAAAAAGACUUCCGGAUUGUCCCAGUUGAGUUGCCGUUGCAUUUCCGCAGCUUCCAUUGCUUUGGAUGUCAAUACGUUUUGGAAAGUCAUUUAAAUAAAACAUGUUUUCUGUGAAUAGCCUGCGUAGAGCCCGCCUAUGUUUUAUUUCUAAAGCUGUCAGUCAAACACGCAUUGUUUUACCGGCAAAUGGAUGCACUCCGAUAAUGUCUGGAAAUCAGCUCCACGCCGUGAGAAGGACGCCGCUUCAUCCCAAACUAAAGAUGCAGUCUCACACUCCCACCUCUUGCCUCUCAACCACAUCUCGAUCUGAUGACGGGAGUCUGAUUUACACCGGCAGUCUGGGGAGUGCAGUCCGUGGGGUUAAAAUAUUCUCUUAUAGCACCAGCGGAGCCAGUCUCUUUCUCAUGCCGCAGAUCCUCUUCAAGACCGGACUCGGGGUCCAGAGCCUCGCCGUUCAGGUGGCUUUCUGCGGCGUUAUCGGCUUUUUCACUUUCCUCACCCCGGUGCUCCUUCACCUGAUUACCAAAGGCUACGUGAUCCGUCUGUACCACAACGCGGAUAGAGACGCUUACACCGCCAUCACCUACAGCGUCUUCCUCACCGAGCACAGGACGGUUUUCCAUCAGAAGCACGUCAGGAUACCAAGUGUCAGCAAGAUGUUCACUACCUUCUACGCCAAUGACACGGGGCUGCUGGUGAACCCUGACCUGUUCCCCCUCCCUCAGGACUACAACCACCUUAUGGGCUAUGAUAAGCCCUUUACCUUCAGCAUGGAGGACACUGACAGGAAGUGAUGGAUGGAUAGCAGCUACUUUUCAAACACGGCUUUUAUUGUAAAUAAAUAAGUAAAUAAAAGUGAUUGUGGA